AUGACUAUCACGAUCACCGUCGAGAAGGAUGGAUACUAUGAGGUCAAUGGCCUUCGACAGGAGCCUACCGUGUCUCUCUAUGUGAUCCCAGCAGCGUCCAAGUUGCGCCGCAUGCUGAAAGACACCAAAGACCUCAUCGUAUGCCCUGGUGUAUAUGAUGGGCUCUCCGCCCGCAUUGCCAUGGAGGUUGGCUUCAAGGGAUUAUACAUGACUGGUGCUGGAACUACCGCCUCACGAUUGGGGAUGGCUGAUCUUGGGCUGGCCCAACUCCAUGACAUGAAGACCAACGCCGAGAUGAUUGCAAACUUGGAUCCCUUUGGCCCUCCGCUGAUUGCAGAUAUGGAUACUGGCUAUGGAGGUCCAUUGAUGGUGUCCAAGGCUGUCCAGCAAUACAUCCAAGCAGGCGUGGCCGGCUUCCACAUUGAGGAUCAGAUCCAGAAUAAACGUUGCGGGCAUCUCAAUGGCAAGAAAGUCGUUGGACUGGAAGAAUAUCUCACACGUAUUCGUGCCGCUAAGCUGACCAAAGAUCGCUUGCACUCUGAUAUUGUUCUGAUUGCGCGCACCGAUGCACUCCAGCAACAUGGAUACGAUGAGUGCAUUCGUCGUUUGAAAGCGGCAAGGGAGAUGGGCGCCGACGUUGGGCUGCUUGAGGGGUUUACCUCGAAGGAACAGGCCCGGCAAGCAGUCCAGGAUCUGGCACCGUGGCCGCUUCUUCUCAACAUGGUGGAGAAUGGAGCAAGCCCCCUCAUUACCACGCACGAAGCCAAGGAAAUGGGCUUCCGAAUCAUGAUCUUCUCAUUUGCCACGAUCACGCCGGCGUAUAUGGGCAUCAGGGCGACUUUGGAACGCCUCAAGACAGAGGGGGUAGUCGGUGUUCCCGAUGGACUAGGGCCGCGGACAAUCUUUGAUGUUUGUGGUUUAAUGGACGCCAUGAAGGUUGACACGGAAUCUGGAGGAGAUGGCUUUGCCGAGGGUGUUUAA